AUGGCGAAAACUCGACCUGGUGUCGCUUCUCCGAAGAGCAAGCUGGGCAAGAAAGACAUCGAUUCGUAUACUAUCAGAGGCACCAACAAAGUUGUUCGAGCGGGAGAUUGUGUGUUGAUGCGUCCAUCUGAUGCUGGGAAGCCUCCUUACGUGGCGCGUGUUGAGAAGAUUGAAGCGGAUGCGAGGAACAACGUGAAGGUGCAUUGUCGGUGGUACUACCGUCCUGAGGAAUCGCUUGGGGGAAGGAGACAGUUCCAUGGAGCCAAAGAGCUGUUCAUGUCGGAUCACUACGAUGUUCAAAGCGCUCACACCAUCGAAGGAAAAUGCAUCGUACACACUUUCAAAAACUAUACGAGGCUCGAAAACGUUGGAGCUGAGGAUUAUUAUUGUAGGUUCGAGUAUAAAGCUGCUACUGGUGCAUUUACCCCUGAUCGAGUCGCUGUGUACUGCAAAUGUGAAAUGCCGUAUAACCCGGAUGAUCUGAUGGUGCAAUGCGAAGGCUGCACGGACUGGUAUCACCCAGCAUGUGUAGGCAUGACGAUUGAAGAAGCCAAGAAGCUGGAACACUUUGCUUGUACUGAAUGCAGCUCUGGUGAAGGUGUCAAGAGAUCUCAGAACGGGUUUGCUUCAUCACCUACCAAUGAUCUUAAGGUAAGUUUUGUCUUUCUUUCACUUCUCUUAUCAAAUGCUAUCAAAGUUUGCCAACAUCCAUGUUUACUCCAAUUUGAGAUGUGGAUGCAAAACGCAGAAAAAGAUGAUCACGAGUGA